UUAGAUGACUCAAGAGAUCGCAAUCCACCGCUCGAUUAAACACAAUCAUGUGGUGGAGUUCAUGACAUUCUUCGAGGACAAGGAUUUCAUAUACAUAGUUCUGGAGCUGUGCAGCAAACGGUCUUUGAUGGAAAUGCAUAAACGGCGCAAAACUCUGGCGGAGUCUGAGGUGCGGUAUUACGUGAAGCAGAUAGCCCUGGCCUGCAAGUACCUGCACGACAACCGCAUAGUGCACCGGGACCUCAAGUUAGGCAAUCUGUUUCUCAACGACAAUAUGGAGAUCAAAGUCGGAGACUUCGGUUUGGCCACAAAAAUCGCGUGCGAAGGCGACCGCAAACUCACUCUCUGCGGAACGCCUAACUAUAUCGCGCCUGAAGUGCUGUUCAAAAAGGGUCACAGCUAUGAAGUGGACGUGUGGUCAUUGGGUUGUAUUAUCGCAAUCCACCGCUCGAUUAAACACAAUCAUGUGGUGGAGUUCAUGACAUUCUUCGAGGACAAGGACUUCAUAUACAUAGUUCUGGAGCUGUGCAGCAAACGGUCUUUGAUGGAAAUGCAUAAACGGCGCAAAACUCUGGCGGAGUCUGAGGUGCGGUAUUACGUGAAGCAGAUAGCGCUGGCCUGCAAGUACCUGCACGACAACCGCAUAGUGCACCGGGACCUCAAGUUAGGCAAUCUGUUCCUCAACGACAAUAUGGAGAUCAAAGUCGGAGACUUCGGUUUGGCCACAAAAAUCGCGUGCGAAGGCGACCGCAAACUCACUCUUUGCGGAACGCCUAACUAUAUCGCGCCGGAAGUGCUGUUCAAAAAGGGUCACAGCUAUGAAGUGGACGUGUGGUCAUUGGGUUGUAUUGUAUAUACACUGGUUGUCGGCAAACCUCCCUUCGAGACCAAUGACCUCAAGGAUACCUACAAACGGAUUAAGUCUAACGAGUAUAAGAUUCCCUCAUAUGUGGGCUCAGAUGUGUCGGCUUUCAUCACAAAACUUCUUCAGUCGGACCCUAAGAGACGGCCGUCAAUGCGCGAGGUCUUAGAGGACCCGUAUAUGAACCGCAAUUACAUUCCGUCACGACUUCCGGUCUCGUGUCUAACAGUUGCGCCGCGUUUUGAUGGAAGGCUUUCCAUACUUCCGGACCCGACUGCCGGCAAGUUUUCGCCCCGAAAACCAUUGGGAGAAAUGGCUAACAAUGGACUGAAAUCGCCGGAAAAGAUGGCGCUUAAGACUGAAGACGCUGUCACGCGAACAAAGACUAAUCCGGAAGCCAUUCCCAAAGACUACUAUCUGCGAGAUUUGAGUAAUCAAUUGCAUCAUCUGCUGAAUCAAAAGCCGUCAGAACUGCCGCAUGUGUUGGAAGACGAGGCCGAAGACCCCGCGUCGUCGCCCAUCUUCUGGAUCUCAAAAUGGGUCGACUAUACCGACAAAUACGGCAUCGGAUACCAGUUGUGUGACAACAGUGUCGGCGUUCUGUUCAACGAUAUCACUAAAAUUAUGCUCAUGUCUGACGAGACUAAUAUGCAUUACAUCGAGAGGGAUGGCGGCGAACGCUAUCUUAAGUUCAAUGCCUGUCCUCACGAGCUCUACAAGAAGUUAACGCUUUUGAAAUACUUCCGAAACUAUAUGAACGAACACCUCCUCAAGACUGGAGAUAAACCUAAGCCUCGAGACGGCGACGAUUUGGUACGACUUCCGUAUCUUAACAAUUGGUUCCGAACCAGAAAUGCCAUUGUCUUCCACUUAACUAAUGGAACCGUUCAGAUCAACUUCUUUCAAGAUCACACUAAACUAAUCCUAUGUCCGCUGAUGGGAGCCGUCACUUAUGUCAACGAUAAGCGCGACUUCAAGACCUAUAAGUUCAGUCUCAUUGAAAAGUAUGGCUGCAGUAAAGAGGUCUUCACGAGAGUUCGCUACGCAUGUGAUAUCGUGGACCGUCUAAUGCACCACAAACUCAGCUCUAAUACUAAAAGCGGUGCAAAGCGUUAAGUCUUUGAAUUGGAU